AAAACCAAUGAUAAUUAGUAAGAUUGUACAUUUUAAAUAAAAUUAAAAUAUAAUGGUUCUUUGUACUUCCUAUUGUGAGAAACUUGUAAAAAAUAAACAGUUUUAAGAAGGCAUAAUUUAAGAUAGCAGCAAAAAAUACAAAGAUUCAUUUGAGAUGAGACACUUAACUUAAGACAAUAUUUGCGAUGUUGCUUUCGUUGUCUUGCAUCAACAGCCCACUUAAUUUGAGAUUGCCUCCAGACAUUGAUCAAACAAGUGUAGAUUAUAAUGCAAACAGACAUGCCAGAGUAUGUACAGAUACAACAUAACUUGAGAUUUCAUUCACUCUUGUUUGGACAUAAGACAGAAUGCAGCUAAUGCUGAUUGAAAAGGUUUUGAUUUCUUGCUUGGUGUUUGGAAUUGUAGAUACAGGAAGAUUACCUACUUGUCCAACUACGUGCACAACUGCGGUUUCAUUUGAACGAUCAGAACCAAGAAUUCUCACUUGUCUCAACGACACUCAAACUAACGUGAGCAGAAUAUGUGAUACAGCAGAAAUACUAAAGACAAGAUCUAGAACUAAAUCGGAAACAUUUCAACAAUGGAGAGGGGAAAUUACAGGACUUAUUCACAAGGCAAGGACGUAUGUGGAAAAUUUGAAGACAAAGAAAGAAGUUUAUAAAAGUCAAGUAGUUCUUAAUGGAAAGUUGAUUAAUUUAUUAGAAAGAAGAAAAGUUGCGAAUCAAGAUUUAAUUGAUCAAGCCCGCUGGACCAUAGAAAACUUACAAGAUAGAUGUUCGCAAGCAGAUGCUCCAACACCUUGUCCAAAACAUGUCACAGGCACAGAUUGUGCAGAGAUAUAUACAUUAGGAGGGAGUGAGAGUGGAAUGUACGUGAUCACUGUUGGUGAUGGAGAGAUUCCUAAACUUGUGUAUUGUGACCAAGAGACUGACGGUGGAGGAUGGACUUAUAUUCAACGACACGUUAAUAAUGACGUUGAUUUUAACAAAGAUUGGAUUCAAUACCAACAUGGGUUUGGAGCUGUGGACUGCGAUGGUAGGACUAACUUCUGGUUGGGUAAUGAAGCAAUACACACUAUGACAUCACAAUCGCACCAGUAUAUGAGAGUAGAUGUGUCAGAUUGGGAUAACAACAGCAGCAGGUAUGCCUUGUACACUCAUUUUCGGGUGGGAUCCAAAGCAACAGACUACACACUAACAGUGGGAGGGUAUCAGGCAGACCCAAGGGGUGACAUUGGAGAUGCAUUUUCUGGUUUCGAUUUUGGUCACCCGGAAGAUAUCGCGAUAACUAGACAACAUGGGAUGAGGUUUACAACGAGAGAUCAUGAUAGAGAUAACUUUGAUGGAAACUGCGCCAAGAAUGAAGGUGGUGGUUGGUGGUACAACAGGUGCUCCGCUGUCAAUCUUAAUGGAAAGAUAUAUGAAGGGGGAGUCUACAAUGAAAGUGCAACAAUAUAUGGGUUCGACAAUGGACUAAUGUGGGGACCAUGGAGGGGGGAAUGGUAUUCACUUAAACAAGCAAGCAUGAAGAUAAGGCCAGCAUCUUUCAUGGCUAACAACACCGAUAAUCAAACCAGCAACUGAACUAUAUAGUAGGGUGGGAAAAGAUGGGACACCUUUUUAUUCUUUUUUCUCAUCUCAUUUGAAAUACGACCCCCGUUGGUCAUUGUUUAAAAUAUGACCAGAAUAUGUGGAUAGUAUGUGCUUAAGUUGUCCCAUCUUACCCCACAGUACUAUACAUGUUAUAUGAACGAAAUUGUUAGCUGCUGUACUGUUACUAAAUAUUUCACAACACUGUUGCUUGCAAUGCUUUUGGAACGAUCACAUACAUCAGUCACUCACAUUACCUAAUUAGG